ACAAACCCACAUGUCAUCAACAAUCUCUAUAGGAGAAUAUACUCACUUCACUAUAACACAGGGUUACUGCAGAGAGCAGAAUGGACACGAGUUUAGAUAUAUAUGAGGAUUCAUUGGAAUGUCAAUACGUAAAUUGGAAGAAAUCGAGCAAUCCCAGGAAAAUAAGCAACCAGGGUCCUCAACGCUCAGGAGAUGAUAAUGCAAGGAGCAGACGUUCCAGAUGUGUGUCCGCAGUGUGUGUAGCGCUGCUGUGUGUUCUCCUGCUGAGCGUCAUUAUAGUGUUGACGGUGAAACUCAACAGCGUGACAAGAGAAAGAGACCAGUUGCAGAUCAGUUAUGACAAUAUGACUGCAGAGAGAGAUCAGCUACACACUGAGAGAGAUGGACUCCAGAUGAUGUUGAAUAAUUCCAUACAGCAGUGUCAGAGGUAUUUCAUGACAACAGAGAAGAAGAGCUGGAAUGAUGCUAGACAGGACUGCAGGUCGAAAGGAGCCGACCUUGCGAUCAUCACCAGCCGAGAAGACCAGGAAUUCCUCAGUAAAAUUUUCAAGGGUACUGAGGCUUGGAUUGGUUUGAUUGACAUUGCUGAAGAAGGGAUGUGGAAGUGGGUGGACGGCACAACACUGACCAAUGGGUUCUGGUGGGAUGAGGAACCUAAUGACUACAAUAAUGAUGAGGACUGUGCUGUAACUGGCAGCAAAUUUGCUAAAGCUGAGAUCAGGACGUGGGCUGAUUAUCCCUGUAACAUUCCUGUAUUAGCGAUUUGCCAGAUGAGCUCAAAUAACUAGAGCACAAAUCAGAAUAUUCAUUUUUAAUACAUCGAUAAAGUCUGUAUUUUGUUAAGCUGUUUGCUGCAAAUCCAACAUCACAUUUGAUGACUAUGUAAAAUUAAUAAAAAAUUAUUCCACUGCUAUUCUGACCGAUCAGACUUCCUGUGUAUCAGUUACAUCAUCAUCAUGCAUUACUUUUUUAAUUUCUGUGCUUUUUGCUUGUAUUUC